AUGGCUCCCGACUCGGGCCCCCCGCCCGAAGGGCCCACCUUAAAGCUCCUACCCGCAGACGCCCGGGACCGGGGCACCCAGCGCUGUCGCCUGGGCCCGGCGGCCCUCCGCGCCCUGGGCGCGCGCCUGGGCUCCGCGGUGACGAUCUCGCUGCCGGACGGCGGCUCCUGCCUCUGCACCGCCUGGCCGCGGCGGGACGGGGCGGACGGGUUCGUGCAGCUGGAUGCGCAGUGCGCGAGCCGCGGGUCGGCGGCCGGCACGCCCGGGCCCCGGGGGAGCCUCAGCCUGAGCCGCAUCCGCCUGGUGCCCUGCCCGCCCCUCCGGCGCCUCACCGUGUGGCCGGAGCUGCGGGAGCGGGUGGGCGCGCCCUCGGCCCCGGACCCGGCCGCUGUGCUGGAGGCGGCGCGCGAGCUGCUGCGGAACCGGCCCGUCUCCCGGGGCCACGUGCUGGCCGCUCCGCCCGGCGCCCCGGGCCCGGUGGCCGCCCUGCACAUCGUGAGCGGGGCGCCCGCCCCGGACCCGGCCGGGCUGGUCACCCCCCACACCCUCGUCAGCCUCAGCGGGGAGCCGCCGGCGGAGCCGCACCCGCAGCCCGAGGUGCCCCUGGGGGGCCUUUCGGAGGCGGCCGACUCGCUGCGGGAGCUCCUCCGCCUGCCGCUCCGCUACCCCGGCACCCUGGCCGCCCUGGGGCUGGACGUGCCCCGCGGGGUGCUCCUGGCGGGCCCCCCGGGGGUGGGCAAGACCCAGCUGGUGCGCGCCGUGGUCCGGGAGGCGGGCGCGGAGCUGCUGGCGGUGAGCGCGCCGGCGCUGCAGGGCGCGCGGCCCGGGGAGACGGAGGAGAACGUGCGGCGGGUGUUCCAGCGCGCCCGGGAGCUGGCCCGCCGCCGGCCCGCCCUCCUCUUCCUGGACGAGGUGGACGCGCUGUGCCCGCGGCGGGGCGGCGCGCACCAGGCCCCCGAGAGCCGCGCGGUGGCCCAGGUGUUGACGCUGCUGGACGGCUUCGGCGGGGACCGCGAGGUGGUGGUGGUGGGAGCCACCAACCGGCCCGAUGCUCUGGACCCCGCGCUGCGCAGACCUGGAAGGUUUGACCGAGAGGUUGUCAUCGGGACUCCCACACUUAAACAAAGAAAGGCAAUUCUACAGGUGAUUACUUCAAAGAUGCCCAUCUCUAGUCAAGUGGAUUUGAGCCUCCUUGCGGAAAUGACGGUUGGCUAUGUUGGCGCAGACCUGACCGCACUCUGUAGGGAUGCUGCCCUGCACGCUUUGCUUCAUAGUGAGAAGAACCAGGACAGUCCGAUGAUUGAUGAAACAGACUUCUUUGAAGCUUUUAAGAAGAUUCAACCUUCAUCGUUUCGAAGUGUCAUUGGACUGAUGGACAUUAAGCCUGUUAGUUGGGAAGAGAUUGGUGGCCUUGAAGAUGUAAAACUGAAGUUAAAACAGAGCGUCGAAUGGCCUCUGAAAUAUGCUCGUGAGUUUGUUAGGAUGGGCCUGACCCAGCCCAAGGGAGUUCUCCUGUACGGCCCCCCUGGGUGUGCGAAGACCACCCUCGUGAGGGCCCUGGCCACCAGCUGUCAUUGCUCCUUUGUGUCAGUGAGCGGAGCUGAUCUCUUUUCACCUUUUGUUGGAGAUUCAGAAAAACUCUUGUCUCAGGUAUUUCGACAAGCAAGAGCAAACACUCCAGCAAUUGUGUUUUUGGAUGAAAUUGAUUCAAUUGUGGGUUCGCGAUCAGUCAGCAACACAGGAUGUAAUGUUCAAGAGCGUGUUCUUUCUGUUCUCCUGAAUGAAUUAGAUGGUGUUGGACUGAAAACUAUCGAGAGAAGAGGAAGUAAAUCAGAUCAACAGGGUAAAUACAAGGAGCUGAAAAAAAAUGAAGAGGUAGAAUUUGAAGAAAUUUUUAAUCGAAACGUCAUGAUUGUUGCGGCAACAAAUAGACCUGAUGUGUUAGAUGAUGCCUUGUUACGGCCUGGAAGGUUUGAUAAGAUGAUUUAUAUUCCACCUCCAGAUGAAAAGGGCAGGCUUUCUAUUUUGAAAGUCUGUACAAAAAACAUGCCAGUGGGGCCUGAUGUUUCUUUAGAAAACUUAGCAGCAGAAACCUGUUUUUUCUCUGGAGCUGAUCUUGGAAACCUCUGCAAAGAAGCUGCCUUGCUGGCUCUGCAAGAAGAUGGACUAGAUGCAACCACAGUGAAACAGGAGCACUUUCUAAAAUCACUUAAGACUGUAAAACCAUCCUUAACUCACAAGGAUUUGACUUUAUAUAAAAACUUAUUUCAGAAACAAGGAUUUUCUAACUUAGAGGAUAUUUAA